AUGCCGACCCUGGCGCAGCUCAGUAAGGAGCUGACAAAAUUGAAGCUGAAGGAGGUGCCGACCCACGUGCAGAAGUUUGCUGGCCAGCACUGGACGCCCGCGCAGCUGCAGGGGAGGUUUAUGAACUGGCUGCACAACUACAAGAUCCAGAAUAUUGACACCGGCAGCAGCAAGCCGCUGGUGGACCUCGUCUCUUACGGCUUCGUCUUCUCCUAUGCCCUGUCCUGGCCCCGCGAGUAUGCCCACUACAAGCACGAGCAGGAGGCCAAGCUGAAGGGCGGCCACCACUGA